AUGAGAUUAAUAAUACUAAUUUCAAUAUUAUUUUAUUCCAUUACUUCUGAAAGUCAGUUCAAUCGACGAGCCAAACAGUCUGUCAAUGCUGUUGGCCUCGGAUAUCGUUUCGGUGGACGAGGAGCUGACAAUGCUGACGAGAGCGAUCACUUCAAAUUACUGGCCUUAGAUGGUGAUAGUCUAUUAGUUGGAGCCAAGAAUGCUGUUUAUAACCUAUCACUUACAACACUCAAAGUCCAUCAUACUAUUAACUGGGCUCCACCAGCUAGCAUAAUAGAAGAAUGUAUGAUGAAAGGCAAAUCGAAGGGUGAUUGUCAGAACUAUAUUCGUGUCCUAGCCUCACAAUCGAAUGGGAAGUGUUUAAUCUGCGGAACACACGCUUUCUCACCCAAAUGCCGCGAAUAUUCUUACGAUGCUGUAGAUGGACAAUUAAAAGAUCGCCGGCAAUUUGAUGGAGUUGGAAUUUCUCCUUUUGAUCCUCGCGAUAACUCUACAGCUUUAUUCUUACCGGAGUCCAAUGAAAUAUUUACCGGAACUGUUUCGGAUUUCAUAGGAAAUGACCCGUUGAUUUACAAAAAGAAUAUUAACAACGCAAAAGAUGUUGGAUUACGUACGAGUAGAAGUGACGCACGUGUUUUGGAUAGUCCGAACUUUGUUGGCUCAUUUGCUUUUGGAGACUAUGUGUACUACUGGUACCGUGAAUGGGCAGCAGAAGCUAUGGAUAACAAUGAAGAAAGACAAAUAUAUUCACGUGUUGCUCGAGUAUGCAAACGAGAUCGCGGAGGAGCUCGACCUGCAAAUGAGAGAUGGACAUCGUUUAUAAAAGCUCGCUUAAAUUGUUCUCUACCAUCCAGUACUCCAUUUUAUUUUAACGAAAUAAAAGCAGUGUCCGAUCCAAUACCAUCUGGUUCUGACCAUACUGUUUAUGCAGUCUUUUCAACUCCGGAAUCAGCUCUCCAGAUGACUGCAGUCUGUUCAUUUUCCAUGAAAAAGAUCAACGAUUUGUUCGAGUAUGACACAUUCAAAUACCAGCGCGCACCAAACUCCAUAUGGGAACCAUAUUCUCGAAAUGAAAUUCCAAAACCGAGGCCUGGCAGCUGUGUGCCUGAUUCCACUAAACUUCCUGAGACAACUAUCUCCUUCUUGACAAGAAAUCCUUUGAUUCACAGAGCUGUUGAAUCGAAAUCUCUACCUUUGCUUAUUGAGGGUUCAGAUAGACCUGACCUUACUCAAAUUACAGUUCUUAGUGGGGUAAAAUCAGUCAGUGGUCAGAAGUACAAUAUUUUAUACUUGGGGACAUCAGAUGGACGCAUUAUGAAGACUAUAAGUAUCGAUGGUAACUCUACCAUCAUUGAAUCGACCAAUGUAUUCGGAAAAACCAAUCCUGUGGUCAAUCUCCUAUCCAAAGAAGAUCAGCUUGUUAUUGUUUCUCCUGAUGAAAUCGCCGCUCUUCCUCUUCAUCACUGUGGACAACAAACGUCCUGUAGUCGAUGUGUGGGCUUACAAGAUCCUCAUUGUGCUUGGGAUUUAAACACUGCACGAUGUGUGAACAGUGCUAACUGGAACGGAGGACAUUUCAUACAGAACAUUGAGAUUGGAAUGUCUGCUCAAUGCCCUGAGGGAAUAAUUAUACAAGAUGCUUUUGCUGAGGAUUCUCAGAUUGCUGAAAAAUCAGCGAUUCGUGUUAGUUCGUUCUCCAACCAAAAUUUGAUUUUGGCUUGUGUACUUUCUACAACCGUGGCUCUGCUUAUAGGAGGAUUGAUCGGCCUCCAGUUAGGUAAAGCUAGAGCUUUAUCUGAUCAACAUCACUCUGCAUCUUCAACGAGUGGAUCUGACUAUGAUAGCUAUGGGAGGGCAAGAUUAACGCGCCAUGACUCUUUAACAACAUCAGCUAAGAUGGAGCAUGUCUACGGAGCACAACAGAAAGCCAGCAUGGAUGCCACUUCAAUGGUUUUGACCAUGCCUGGAGGUGGAAUGAGCAUAAGUCAGCAUGGCAGUGGGAUAAACACCCCGUCCAGAGAUAAAAACGCUAUAAUGACAUCGAUUAACCAGAAUACGUUGCCAAGAGAUUAUAAGGUUAAGAAAGUAUACUUAUAG